UAUAAUUCUCUGCAUUACAAGGUACGGCAUUUGAUGGAAUGGGAGGGUAAGGUGAGAGUUAAAAGAUACAUAGUUCUCGUAGGUUAUGACCAGGUUGACACACAUUCAAGAAAAGUAACAGUAACUCUUCUAACUUUUUUGCCCCCACUGUACAGUGUACAGUACUGUAGAAAAAAGCACCCCCCCAAGUGCCCCCCCCCCUCAAUCAAAAAUAUGUCCAACAAUAAAUCAACUGGAACUGCUUGCACUGAGCCCCCCCCCCCCGAAAUCCGAAGUGCACCCCCCCCCCCAACGGGGGAAAAUUUCUGAAAGAAACACUGUUUCACUCUGUACAGUACAAUACACUUACACAGAGUACAAGUUGCAAAUUCUAAUUUCGAGUCUGUCAUGAACUAAAAAGGGGUUGUUUUAAAUUGAACAUUUAAAAAAAACACAGAAUAGAAUUAGAGGAGAUUAGAGUAAAAAGGAACAACAAUAGACUUUCAAUAGAAUGUAUCAUUCAGUGUUACAGAAUUUGUCCCAACAUUUAAAUGCAGCAAAUAUUUUUUUAAUUUUUAAAACUAUCCCUUAAAUAUCACAUUUUCAAAUUGUAUGUAGUGUAUGUAGAUUGAUGUCACUGUAUGUUGAUAAAUAUGCAUGGCUAAAUUUUCAGUUUAUUUGUCUCUUCUCUUGUUUUUAAAAGGUAGCAAGUCCUUUUUUUUUCCUCAAAAAGGAGAAUCUAAUAUAUUUGUGCAAAGAGUUCUUUACACCUGCUUUAUAAAUAAUUUGUUCAUAACUUAGAAUUUCUUAAAUUACAGAAUAAAUCAUAAGGAGGAAGUUAUAUUGACAAAGUCACAUCAAAUAAAAAAAAUGACUGCUAUUCCAGAUCAGGUAAUAAAUCUUUGAUCACAAAAUAAAAACAAUAAAAAAUUGUAUCUUCAUGUUAUUCUUCAUGUGAUGUAUUAUCAAAUUAUGACUUAAAAGUGAAAAUGUUCAAAAUGGUUUUAAAAAUACAUCUGGUGCAAUUGUUACAAUUUUACUUUAUAGAAUUAUCUGAUACCAUUUCUUUUUUUUUAUUCUCUAUUCACAAACAUACCAAUGCUUUGCUUUCUUUUCACAGGAAUUGGACUACCACUACUCUCCACGGAGAUGGUCCCACAGAAUGGCUCCAGAGGCGGUUACUGUAGCCCACUUAGAAGCUUUAGUUCAAGGUUUGUGUCAUAAACUUUAGGCAUACAGCCAGUCAAAAAUCUUAAAGUGCAUGAGUUGAUAAAAAACUUUUGGAAACCUGAUACUUUAAAGUAAUUUUUUAAAACUAAUAAAAAAUAAAUUUGCUGAAGAUUUGUUGGAAAUUCAAAAGUAAGGAGUUAAUUUGAUUAAUAAGAGAGUAACAUUAACAUAGUAUUAAAAUAAAAAUGGACCCAACAUCAUUUAAGAUGUCAUCAAAUUAGCUCGUCAUUGUCAGUGUUCUCUUUAAAAAAAAAUUCCAGGUAGCAGAAACUCACUUUGGACACUUGAUUGUGAAACAGAAAUAAGUUACGGAGACUCAGAGAGACAGAAGUUUGAUAUCUUCCAUAAGAAAAAUGCUUCAAAGAAUGGUUUGAUUUCACUUCAUUUAAUUCUGAUUCUCACCUGUUUAAAUAUAUCACCACACUUAGUCUUGUAUGUCACCAGCAUCUGCCAAUACCCUUCCGCCCAUAUAAGCCAGAUUCUCACCCCUAAAGUUGAAAGUUACACAACAAAGACCCAACAAAAAAUUCUGAUAUGUUUUAUUUUUUGGAUUGAUAUCCAACUAUGUUCAAUUUGAUUUUUUAAAACUUUUAAUAAAAAUAAAAUGUAAAAAAAAUAUAAAUAAUAAUAUAAAUUAAGUUUUUUUGUUUAAUGAAAGUUAUGUUUCUAAUGAUCACUAAAUAACAACUUUUAAAUACAAAUUUAAAAAAAUAAUUAUUAAAACAAAAGUUUAAUACUUGAAAUAGUUACCAGAAUGAGUUCUCUUUUUAAGCAAUUUUAUCUACACCAUUUCCCAUUUUGAAUCAUAUGGCAUUGUGGUAUUUAAUUUUAUAGGCUAUAAAAUGUAGAAGGAAUAAAAAUGAUACCUCCCUUUUUUAAAAAUGAAAUAUACUUAUUGAAUAUCCAUACCACAUCUUUCUUUGAAGCUCAAAUUGUCCUUUGCAUACAUACCAACCUUGGGAUCAAUAGUACAAUAAUUCCCCCCAAAAACUGUACAAUUAGCAUGAAAAACUGUCAGAAAAAAAUGAAAACUUGAAAAAUAAUAAAUAAUUUAAAACCUUUUUGAUCAUUUUUAUCUGUUUUGAAUGCAAUUUGUAAAAAUGGACUCUGAUGAUGAAUUUUAUAGAAAUUUAGAUCCUAGUUGACAUAAUUUUUCAUUUAAUUAUGCUAGCUAUAGUUUACAGAUUCUUGUUUAAAUUAACCUAGUAAUAUAUCAUCACAUAGUGUUGACAAAGCUACCGAGUUUAGUUUACUUUCAACAUUUGACCUUAUUUUCUUAUCAUAGGAUACUUGAGAAAAAUUUACUGAGGAUAGAAGAUUUUUUUAGCAACUCAAUGUUAAUAGAAUAUUAUGCCAUUAGGAAGUUUCCAGUUGGAAUAGAAAAAUAGAUACAAAAAUAAUACAAAAUAAUAUAUCUAACACUUCUCACCGCUUUCUGCUCUAAAUAACAUAUACUUAUACAAUAAAGGAGAACAGCCUACUCAAAGCAGAUAAUACACUUUUACGCUGUCUUAGUACCGGUAUUAAGGAAUGACAUUAGUGAGACCGCGCUCAGUUUCUAAAUUUAGAUGGCCAGUGAGAUUUAAACUUCCUGUUGUCAAACAUUGAAUUUAUUGCACCGCCAGUUUUGAACGUGUUGUCUUGCGGAAAAAUUAUUUAUUCUCUAAAUCCAAUGAAAAACCGCACAAAAGCCUGUAAGGCCGUUGUCAAAUGUAUUUGUAUAUAUGGCAUCCUAAGAAAUUUAUGUGGAAGCCGUACAGGUGUGAUUCCUUGUUAAUUUCAUGAUGUAAUUUCAACUUAUUUCAGGAGCUCCCAUGUUUGCAUAUAUCCAUGGUGGAUACUGGCAAGUUAAAGAAGUAAGGUAAAUGAAAGCUCACCCUUUCAGAAAUCUCUUCAUUCUCAUAUACAUCCUCUCAGUCUACCAGUCAUCCUCUUGUAUAUCAUUCACCAUCUCAGUUUAUCAUUCUCUCUCUAAGUUUAUCAUUCACUCUUUAUUAUUAUCACAAUGGUAUUCAGGCUUUGUAACUUUUUAAAACCACUUUCGUGAAGUGGAGAUUUAGAAUUAAAAACCAUCACUAUAUUUCUACAUUAAUAAGACAAGAAACAAAUUGUGUCAAUAUAACAAUAUAAGUUACGAUUUAAUAAUAAUUAUACAUAAUUAAACGUUUCAGCACAUGCCUUCAUCAGUACAAACAAACAAAACAUAUUUAAAUAAGUAUAAAUUAAAUUUACAUAAUAUCAAUGUACAUGUCCUACCUAAAACAGAAGAAAAUAGGAGAGGGCGCUAAAACCAGACAAAAACAAAGUAAAGAGGAGUAGAAAGGAAGUGAUUUUAACAUAAUUGUAAAAACCAAACAGGAAAAAGACAUGGCAGCUAGGUAAAAUUGUGGAUUUGGUUCAUUCCAUAUUCAUAUAUAGCAUGUUAUAUUGACACAAUUUGUGCGUGUCUUAUUAAUCUAUUUGAAAGCUUUAUUGCAGUCCCACACUAAUUAUAAUUAGUUCACUAUAUUUCUCAAGGAUUCACAGGAUAUUUUAAAAAUGACAUGCCUUUAAAACAAAAAUAGCAAUGCUUUUUUUUUCCUUUUAUAUUUCUGCUCCUAGUCGGGAAGUUUCCAGUUUUAUGGCAGUGCCUCUGUGUAAUGCUGGCGCCAGUGUCAUUAGCAUAGGUUAUGACGUGGCUCCUGAUGGUAAAUAUUGUGCAAAUUUAAAGAAUGGCUGUGUGAGAGUUAUUAUUGGUCUAAAUGUGACCCAUUAAAAUCCUGGAAGCAUAACUUACAUUUUACAUUGUAUUAAUUUUUUUAAUGAUUUAAUCUCAAAUAUUAAAGUUCUUGAUUUUAUAACUUCUAUAAGAAAGAAAAUAAAAAUACCCCAAAAAAUUUAAGGAAUGAGCAGAGGAAAAGUCCCUAAAAAUGCUGAGAAUGAAAGCCAGUCGGAAAUGCCAGGAAAUACACCAGAUUUAUUUAUAACAAAUCAAAUUAUACAUUAUACGGGGUGCAAAGAUAAAUGACCAUUAAAUUGAGAAUUAUUUUCCUUGUGGUCACGUACGGCAAUCAUUAUGGUUAGAGGGCAGUGUUUUUAACUGAUGUGAUAGCAGGGUUGAUUUAAAAAAUAAUGUAAACUUUUGAUUUUUUUUUUAAUAUAAUCCUCCAGUUUCAUUAAACACGAUAGUGCUCCAAAUAAAACGAGCUCUUUGUCUUAUCAUCAAGAUAGCUAAGGAAAGACAGAGCAGGUAAAGUUAAGAAGCCUUUUUCUUUUUAAACUAAUUUUCUUUUUGCAUUUUAACUACGUUGAAAAAGCUCUACAGCAAAUAAUCUUAAUGAAACAAUAAUCGAUUUGCAAAUUUGGUCUGACAUUAUAGAAAAUAAUUUUAUUCGAAUGCAUCUCUUUAAUUGGGGAUCUUGUUAUUCACUUUUCAUUUUUUAACCAAAUUCUGUUUCAAUACUAUUUUUUGGCCUUGUUCUGGAGGUAUUUAUUUUCUUGUUGCUUACUAUUCACAUAUAAAAAUUGUUAAAAAUAUUUUUUAACGCAUUUAAUUUACCUUCAAAUUAACUUUUGUGACGAAUUAAGUCUUCUCCAUUGUAUUUUUAUUCUUAAUCCGUUUUAAAUUAUUUACUGAAGUUCAUUUAUUACUAAUCAACAACCAGCUUAACGUAAAAUUUUGUUUGACCAGUCCAGAGUCUUGAUCUAUGUUUGUUAAUAACCUACACCACCAAUAUAGAAUGGAUGCCUUUAUUUACAGUGGUAUCUACUUGUCUGGCCACUGUGUUGGAGCACACUUGGCAGCCAUGAUGUUAAUGGCAGACCUUGAUGGUUUUGAUAGGGAUCUGAUCAAAGGUGAGAAUUCACAAGAAUACUGGGCAGGGAAUAGUCUGGAUACCUCAUUGGUGGCUUAGGAGACAUGCAGUUGGAUGAACACAGACAUUGUCUGAAGCUGUGGGCACAAUAAUAAGAUGAAAAAAUCAUGAAUGUAAAUUUGUAUGCACACUUAGUGUCAAGUGCCUGAAAAAAUUAAGUUAGGCUUUGAUUUUGAUGAUAUUUAUGAUAUUUAACACAAUUUCAGCAGAAGGAUAGUUGCUGACUGAUGUCUAAAUAAUAAUAUGUUGUACUUUGUUACAGGUGCUGUUCUCACCCAAACCUCCCCUAUUUAAAUAUAACACAAAUGAAAAUGAUUAUUUUGUUAAGUUCUUCUGUGAUUAUUUUUUAAAUCAGCUAAAUUUCCCUCAUCUUAAGUGAUGUUUUAUUCACAGGGUUGAUGCUUGGCGAUUAAGUCCACAUCAGUUUGUGCAAGAGAUCGCAAAUCAAUCUCAAGACCGUCACAUUGUUGUUGCUGUGGCUGAAUAUGAUCCUCCAGAGUUUAGACGCCAGAGUGGAGAAAUGGAGAUGGUA